UAAUGCAUGGACAUAGAAACAAAAUGACUUCCUCUAUUUUCAUUCAAACUAAGAAAUAAUCCAGCAGUUGGAGUGUUUCUCCGUUUAAUCAAAGUCGCAUUGAUGAACAAAUGUAGUGCACUAAUAUUAUUGUUGUAGUGAGCUUUUAAAUGGACCUCCAAUACACAGCGCGUGAAGCUGAAGAAUUAACGUUUUCACACCUACUGACGCACAAAAGACUGCUGGUUUCGAUACACGACGACCCUGAGACAUGAACCCCUUUAAACUCCCCCUAAGCGAGUAUGGAUCAGAGGGGAACUUCAAAGAGCCCAAAUACCCCAUAGACCAUCAAAAGACUGCAAGUUUCUAUAAGUAAACUUAGUUGGUCAGCUAUGACUUUCAUUCUGCAGAGAGCUGUGUGGGAGAAACAUCUCGAGAUAUAAGAUUUACUGCGUGCUGGAUUAUAACUCACUGUUUUAGAUAUGAUGCUGUUUGUGUGUGGGAUUCUCGCGCUGUGGGUCGCUUCGGUGCGCUCCGCAGCAUCCUUCCCUGGAUUUCACGAGGCGUUCAGGAAUAGGAUGCGCGAGGCUGGCAGGAGCGGCGGAGGUCAAGCGGGUCACAGCCGCCACACGAACCGAUAUCCGCUUUAUAUGUUGCACCUCUACCGUAGCCUUCUGACUGGAGACGAGAGACACAUGAGCCACGAGAAUCCAACUUUAUACGACUCCGAUUCAGUCUUGAGUCUCGUCGCCAAAAGUUUCCAUCAGGUUGGUGACAAAUGGGCGGUGACAUUUGACAUGUCCUCCAUAUCAACAAAAGACAACGUACAGCGGUCUGAACUUCGGAUUCGCCUUCCAGAAUUCCCAUCCGCCGGCGACAUAGAAGUGGAUAUCUAUCACUCAUCCAAAAGGGAGUGUGACCGGAACCCGUGCGCCGAAGGGCGGCUUCACCUCGGCAGUGUAAAGGCCAAACCGAACGACCCGGGCUCCCAUUCCUCCUGGAAGGUUUUCAACAUCACAGCACUUCUUAAAUACUGGCUGCAUCAGGGUGAGACAAUGGUCGUUGAGGAAAACGCCCAGAUGUCUGCGGUGGAUAAGGAAGCGGAUGCAGGACAGAGUGUCCACCAUUCUACGGCAAACAGGGUCAUGAUGGUGGUCUACUCCAAACUGAACCAGGCAAAGACAUCCACCCUCAUCAAGACUGCUGAACUCUCCAAGUAUGUGGCUUUGGACCGGGUCAGUGGUGGAGGUGAAUCUAUGACCCGACGUCAUAAGAGGAACCACAGAUCUGGUGAGAGACUGCGAGGGGGAUCUAGCAUGAGCGCCAGUGCUUCACAUGAUGAGGAGGAGAAGAAGUCACUUUGCAGAAAGGUGGACAUGUGGGUAGACUUCGAUCAGAUCGGUUGGAGCGACUGGAUUGUUUAUCCGAAACGCUACAACGCGUUUCGCUGUGAGGGUAGCUGUCCUACACCCGUAGAUGAGAGCUUCACCCCAACAAACCAUGCUUAUAUGCAAAGCCUUUUAAAGCUGCACCACCCAGACCGGGUCCCAUGCCUGUCUUGCGUACCCACCCGUCUGGCUCCACUCUCCAUGCUCUACUAUGAGAAUGGGAAGAUGGUUAUGAGACACCAUGAAGGGAUGGUGGUAGGAGAAUGUGGAUGCCACUGACCUCCCCAAAUCCCAAAUGAACUCAAAAUCAGCACUUAAUUUGGAUAUGUACCUAAAUAUAUAAAAGCACAAGAGAAGAUGAUACUUUGGGGUGAAAAUGCAAAUUUUACUUGAAUGUUAUGGACAUGAAAAUCUUAGUAUGAAUAUGAACUUUAAUAUUGUGCAAUAUUGUGGUAUUUUCCUUGGAAUUAUUGAGGCAUUCUGCACAGAGGCACCUGAAUAACGUGAAGCUAUUUUUGAAAGAUUAUUACUUUUUGUGUUUACGGAUUUGUAAAUAGUAAUGUAAAUUGCCAAAUUUAAUAAAAAUUGUUUGAAAUAUG